AUGUCAACAAAUUUCGGAAAGGACGCGGUCGCGCACCGCAUGACGGUCCUCUGCAGGGAACUGAUUGGGCCGGAAAUUAGCUUUGGUCAGGGUCACUUCACGUGCCAAUCCGCUCAGCAGGGUGACGACCACCAGCCGUGCCACAUUUCAGUGUUUAGUUUGGCGAACCAUGGCCCCGGCGCGGCGUUCCUCAACGUUCUGCCGCUAGGUAACUUAGACAUCAAUUUGCAAUGCAAACGAAGAUUCAACAUCACCCUUCAACACGUUGUUACUGCAGUAUGCACCUUCAUGAGCCCACAGAUCCACUUCCCCCGCCUUGUCUACUUUGACAAGUCGAAUAUCGUCUUAGCAUGCCUCCUCAUCGGCGCCAGCAAUGUGUUGCUGGGGAGGAGUCAUUCUCGACUCGACCUAUUGGCCAACCCUUCCUGCCGCCUCGAAGUCUUCUAUGCUCAGCUCCCAGCAUCUGCGUAUCUGCAUACUUGCAGUACCGUCUUUGCCUGGCAGAAGUUCAUCCCAAUCUGCGGUACCAUCACCUGGCCAAUCCCUGUCAAGUCAACAAACAGAAUGCGGUUACGACGGCGGGAUCGUGUUGAUUACGAACUAGAAUUCUUCAACGCGCAGAAUAGCGGGCGGCCUUCCUUCGGUCCCAAGGGUCACUCGACCAAGGCUGAAUGCGAACAAGUGUUCGUCCAAUCAACUUACAAGAUCCAACCAACAUCAAAUCGGGUGUCUACCAAGAGAACCAUUGCGACAGCAUCGAAACUCUUUUGCUGGCCCUCUACAAUUUACAUCGCCCAUUGUGCCAACCACACCUGGUUCUUCGCUCUUUUCGCCACAGAGGAAGCAGAGAGCCACCCAACUGGCAUAUCACAUAGCGUGACACCUUGGUAUGUCACUCUUGAAUCAUCCUCGGCCCAACUAUCUGCACUAUGCACAAAUCAGCACAAGUUGUUGAACCACCCGACAGCCAGCCCCCAAAGAGCCAAGGGCCCAAACCACUAUGGAUCUACAAAACAACCAACCGAGUGUCAGCCUUGGGUGGUUCUGAAGGAGGAGAAUUUUGUCAUCAUCCUCCACUCGUCUGGAACAAGAUAUAUCUACGCGAAUGCACGAAAGACUGCAAAAAGCCCCUUCCCCACUAACCUUCCGGCGCACCGGAUGGAACGUCCGGGAGGUGACGGAGCCACAAAGGCACAGAGUCACAGACAGGCGGGCUGCGCUUCAUCAACUCGGACCCGGGCAACUCUAGGCCCGGUUCAUCAAGAAACGGCCCCAGUGUUCCAGAACAAGCUUGUCGAAGUUCUGCUUUCCCCCCACAUGACCGCCAACUUGACCAGGACUAUCCGUAACACUAACACCGAAGGACCUCACCAUGGAAAGCCACAAUCGGAAUCGGCACCCCGCCUCGACCGCAACAGCUCUCCAUCAUCUCUGCCACCUCGUGCGGGUGGCGGAUACUCCGGCCAUCUGUCUGUGACUGGCAGCUGCUUAAAACACAAUGCCUUGAAGGGAUCGGGAUCCUGGGAAGGCCAAGUCAGCCACACGCUGCACAGCUCCGCUUCCUGUCUGCCAAAACGCGACCCGUUCGCGUUGGCCGCCCACCUUCAAGAUAAAUGCGGCAAACGAGAAACGCGAAAAGAAGAAAAGAGGACGUUGGUGUUUCCAACGCUAGCGUUUCGCCGUUUCUGCCUAGCCUUUAGGCGAGUUUCUUCCCUCACUACGAGCAACGAACUAGAACCGAAUGGUGAUCGUCGUAACAUUCCUUCAGCCUGUCAGCCUGUCACUAGCGAAUCGACAUGGGUGCGUUCGAAGUUUCCCCCCUCCAGCCUCCAGGUCUCUCUGACAGACAUCAAAUCCCUCCGGUUCAUCCGUGCCGGAUCCGGGCGCGACGCCGUUGGCCACCCGUUUCUUCGGCUACUGGCACUGAUAAAAGGUAAACGGUUCUCAAACGGCGUGUGCGCCUCCCCGAAGGCGGGCUGCGAGCGGGCGUCUCUCCCGUUUUGCACGCGGCGCAUUUCGAAUCGCCACCCCCGGAUUAUGUACGGAGACUUUUCAACUAGAUGGCUGCCCCGAACCGUCAUGAACCUCGCCCUCACUCCAGGGCAUGGCACCAACCAAACCAGAUCACCCCUUACGAAGCGUUCGCCUCCAUACAGUGGUCGGAAAGUAGCACCUUUGACGCCCCUGGUGGGAGGGAGGUCUCUCCCCACAACGAGUGCAGCGCAACCAAGCCGAGUUAGCAACUUUGCUACGGAACAUGCUAAACCAAAGAAACGGUUACACAGCGUCCUCAUGGCUCUGGAUUCAAGCCCCACAAACCCGCACCGAUCGUCGUUGCGCUCCUGCAACUCUACCGUCGCCGUGAACAUUCUCAUUUCUAGGGUGUUUUAUACGCAGGAUAUUCAGAUACGGAUGCACGAACUUGGCUGUCACGCUGCAUUUCAUCUAUACAACGCGACACCCCAGGAGGGAAAUCGGUCACGCCGAACGUCCUUGGCAUCGAAACAUGAUCUGAUCUGGGAAAAACGCUAA